AACAUGUCAAAAAUCAAAAUUGUCAAUUUUGGAAUUUGGACUUGGAAGAAUUUCUAAUUACCUAUUAAUCCCAUUAUUAUUGUUGAAUAAUUGAAAGGUGAUUCGUAUUGAUGUUUCAAUAUUAAUCAUCAAUACAGUAAAAAUAUACCAUUGAAUGUUGCAUGAUGAAGUCUUGUCAUUUUUCAUUGAGAAUUUAUUAAUUUACCUACUAACAUUAUUCCCGGACGUUGAGAAAUAUACGCAGGCGCAUGAUGGCGUGGACUUGGAGUGGACAUUAUGCAGCAUUAUUUUAUAAAUUUUUUCUAUGAAAUCUCGAAUUGUAUUUGAAUUCUCUGCUUAAAACUAUAAACUAUCUUUUAUAAUGUUUUUGAAAAAAUUUCACAAUAAAAAAUGUCUAAAUAGAGCAUAUUUCCUUAGUGAAAGUGGCUCUCAUUGGAGCCUUGGUCAGCAAAAUUAUUCACACCCAGCACCCAGCGUUCAGAGGAGCGCCAUUUUAGUAAUAUUUCGGACGUAGAGCAGCGCUGUGAAUUGGCUAUGCUCAUCAUUGAAGCUAUAAGAAAUGUGUCUUUUUAGGUUCUAUAAAACUCGGUAAAUUACAAGGAUCAUUGCAAGGUCUCUUUUGAAUAAGGAAAUUCGGCAUGGAAAAUGGUUCAAACAGUCCACUGUUAGAUACUGAGCUGUUUGAUAACACAGAAAAUGGAGUAGGGUCCCCCAUAAUGGUAAAAACCUUAGAUGGGGGAAAUGAUACUGCUGAAGCUGAAGACACAGAUAAAGAUGAACCAAAUGAAGAGACAAGUUACUUUGAAACCACAAAAGUGAAUGGAGACAAUGUUACAGACAAUAAUAACAUUGAGGACAAUAAUUCAUAUUAUAGUUCAGAAAGUGAUGCUCUAGUGAUAGAUGAAAGUGUUCCAAAAAAGUCAAAAAAACUGAGAAACAAACAGCAAAAGAUCCAAGUCACUAGAAACGAAGAUCAGCUGGAAGAAAACAGGGAAAUUGUCACCCAUUCAAAUCCAUUCUUCAAUGAAUCUUUAUUUGAGUUGUCACAGCUCCAUCAGACUCCUGAAGAAGAAGAAUUAUCCAAUGACACUAUUGCUGAAGGCACAUCUGAUGGUAGACUAAACAACAAAAAAGCCAAAGGUAAACCAAAGCCAAAACUGAGGGAGUAUGCCCAGUACCUUGGCCUUCAACCUACAGUACAGUUCAAGUGUUCAAAGUGUGGUAGAGCAGGAUUUGAAUCUUUAUCAACCCUUCAAGAGCAUGUGCUUGAGUGCAAUGAGGAAAAUGUGCAAGAAUCAUCAGCUGAAAACUCCUGUUCUGGUUUCAAACUGACAAGGAAGGUAUUUUUGUGUUCAGCCUGUGGGACUUAUUAUGAAAAUUGGAACUUGUACAUGCACAUGUUAGAGUUCCAUAGACGUUUUAUAUGUUUGUAUUGCUUAGGGAUGUUUUCAAUUCUGGAGGAUCUAUGCCAACACAUUCAGUCAAGGCAUAACCUCCAACCUGGUCAUAAAAACACCCUGGAUGAAUUUUUCAAUGUGUAUAAUGAACCCUGUUAUGUAGUUUGCUGUGAGUGUAACAAACUUUUUAGUGAGCAAGACAAUUUUUUUUAUCAUAAUUGUGUAGGUAAGGUGAAAAACAAGAAGCUGGUCAAGCAGCAAAUCACACCUGAGAACCAUGUUACUGGUGAGUCUGAAUCUGUUCCAGAAAAUAAUUCCAAAGAAACUGUUGAGAAAUCUGAUGAUAUUUCAAUGAACAAUAAUAUAGGGGAUGAUAAUAAACUUCCUGAGAGUAUUGCUAUGGAAACCAGUGAAAAUAUAACAGAGUUUAAUAAUGGUGCACAUGAUAGUGAAAGGGAUUGUCAGAAUUUGGAAAAUAAUGAAAAUAGCUUGAAUUGUGACACAAACCACAUUGCAAAACUCAUAGAAGAAAAAAAUAUUGAAGAAAGUGAUAAUUUAGAUCCAUCAGUAGAUCAUUCUGAGCAUGAAGAAGAUACAGAAGAAAUUGAGACUACUGAUAUGAAAGAUUUAGAAGCUGAAUAUUCCCCUAAAUCUCAUUCUAUAAGUGACACAGAAGAAAUUCAAGAAGAGGUUGAAAAUAAUAAUAAAGAAAUGGAAUCAGUGAUAGAUAUCCCAGUGGAAACUCGAAAAGUGCCCAAACUGUCACUAAAAAUCCCCAAAUUUGAGUCUUACCCAGAACCAGAUCCCUAUGAAAGUGAGGACAGUGAUAAACUCACCAUGGAAGUUGAUCAAAUAGAAAGUGAAAAUGAAGAAACAGAACAUUUGAAUGAAGGUGAAGUAGUAAUUAACAAUAUCCCAACCCCAGAACUGGAAAAUGAAUCAACUGAGGCAGAAGAGCCUAUGAAGGAAGAGCAAAAUGAAAUAGCAUCCAAUGAACCCCAUUCCCAAAUAGCUGGUCCAGACAUUCCAGUGAUAGAACUGGAGCUGGAACAGCCCCUAGACAAAUUUGAUCCUUGUGUGCUGCUCCAAAAAUGUUUACAAAUGACAGUUUCCACUUGCAUCUAUUGCAACCAUGCCAGAAAAAUAGCAGUAAAUGGCCGCCAACUAGGCUUGCACUGCAUAGCAGAACACAGAUUUUCUGCUGUGGUAAAUAGCAUAACUGCUGAAGAGCUCAUACCCAUGAGCUUUGUAAACAGGAUAAAUGAAAGCUUAAUGGAACUAGAAGCUAAGUUUUUCAGCUUGGAAACUAAUUUCAGCGGCGAAGCAGUGACUUUUUCACACCUUUUUGAGUGUUUCCAGUGCCACUUCAGCACUAAUGUGCACAAAGAACUGUACCUGCACAACAGGAAGUUCCACUCAAAGAACUUGCUGCUUUGCAUAAUGUGCAAAUCUAACUUUUAUAGUUACAGUGAGCUUAUUUGCCAUUUGUGUCCAGGACAAUAUAUCCUGGACUAUGAUAUAAAAUUCCGGUGUUGUAUGUGUGUGAACGAUGAUUUGCCUAGUUCAUUCAGGCUCAUGGUGCAUCUGAGAAAAAGACACAACGUUUGUGAUGUUUGCUUGGAAAUGUGCCACACACAGUACAGGCUUUCCAAUCAUGUUUGGAAGCACAAACUCCACCAUUUCUGCUACCGUUGCGGCAUUGCCUACCGUAACAAACCCGAUAUCACCAGACACUUGUUCUGGAAGCAUGGCACUGAAAGCGUUUUGUGCAAAAAAUGCUUGCAGAAGAAGUGGCCCCACGUGUACCACUUUUGCGUGCCUCCCGCUAGUUUCACUUGCGAUGAGUGUAGCUUAAUUUUCACUAAAGCGGUGUCACUAAAAGUGCACAAGAGGAUUCAUGGGGAGGAGAAGAAGUGGAGGUGCACUUUUGAUGGGUGCCAGGAUGGGUUUGUCUCCAGGAAAUUGAUGGAGAAGCAUGAGAAGCGGCAUUAUGAGCCCUUGGAGGAGGUCCCCGUGGCUGAUGAGAAGAUGGAGAAGGAUGAAGAAGAGGUUAAAGAAGAACAGGUGGAAUCUGAAACGGCAGAAAUCGGCGCGGAUGCGGAAAAACCCGAAGAAAAACCGAAACAGAUGAUCGAUGUUCUGGAUCUGCCGGCUUUGAAUCUCUCGGAGAGCGAUAGCAGCGACUCUGAACCGGAAGUGGAUCGGCCAAAAACGCAAGAAGAGGAAACGUCAAUACCUAUCGUUCACGAUACGGAAAUCGACCCUCCCGGGGAUUUACCGCCCCUGGACAUACUCCAAGAAGACGUCAAGCAAUAUGUCGAUGAGGAUUCGGCAGUGCUGCAUCCGGACGGGCCCUCGGAAGAGGAGAACCCCUCGGCCGUCAUCCAGACCAUAUGGGACAACUUCAAGAGCUACCAGCAGAGCAAGCAGAAGCUGGACAUGUUCUUGGACACGGACAAAGCGGAGCAAGACAAUGUGGAAAAUGUCGAAGAUAUUCCGGUGCCUAUCGUGGAGGAGCUGACCACUGAGACUGCUCUGAGAGAUCAUGAUUAUUGUGUGGAACUGGAGAAGAAAGAUACCACUUUGGUAGAGGUGAAACCCGCUUUGAACGAGAGCAUCGACCACGACUACUGCUUCGCCAAAUCCGAGGGCACGAUCGCCGAAAAACCACCCCUCGAACCCAUCACGAAACCACCAGAUAACCCUGAAUUGGCGCCCAACGCGGGGCAUACCAAGGGCCAUUCUUCCAGCUCGAGUACCGACUCGGAUUCGUCGAGCUGCUCGUGCGGUUCGAAUUGCAGCUGCAGCUCGAGCUCGGGCAGCUCGAGUUCGAGCUCGGACAGCUCGAAUUCCGAUAGCUCGACGGAGGAGGGUAGGAAGAAGCAGCUGGCCAGAAGGGCGAAGAGGAAGGAGAGGGCGAAGAAGCUGAAGGCGGCGGCGGCGGUGAAGGAAACGACGGCGACGACGAAAGUUGAGAAUCUAGUCGAUGUGGUGGCCACAGAUACUUCUCCGGUGAUUAUCGAACCGCCCAUCAGGGAAUCCGACUUGGACACGACCGAAAGCGAGACGGACGAGGAGUUCUACGACGAGGCGCCGCAAAAGAUCGCCAAAAAGAUCCUGGACGAGAAGCGGCAGCAAUUGUUGGAGCUGAUGGGGCCGAACAGCGUGCCCGAUGGCGGGUUCAUCGAGAGCACCAGCAGACCGCCCACGCCUCCAGCAGGCGUGGUCGAGGAAGAAGAACGCAAAAAGAAAAAGUCCAAAUCGAAGAAGAAGAAGAAACGAAAGAGCGAACGCAAAGACCAAGAACGCCACGCCGACCGAUCGGCCAUCACCACCGCAGCCAGCAUAAUAUCGCCCGACAUCCCGAUACCACCCUACUACCAGCAAUUCCACCAGCAGCUGCAGCUCAACCAGCAACCGACCAUUCCGACCGCUAUCCCCACCACCGACGUUGCCGCGACGCCGCCAUCACCGAUGGCGCAGACGCCGAAAGGUGCGCAGAAGGGUGCGGGACGUCGGGACGAUUCCAGUUUGCGCGCGUCGAAAAGGAGGAGAGUGCCCAACAAGUUUUACGGGUAUUCGAGCGAUGAGGAGCAGGAGAAGGACAGGCCGCAUCACGUGGCCAAGUGGAGGAAGGUCGAGACUCCGCAAACGCCCAGAUCGCCAAUGGUCGUCCCGCCCAUCACCCUCAAAACGACGGUUGCCGCCCCACCUCCCGCCCAAACGCCCCCUGCCACGCCCAAAGCCCCGCCCAAACAGAAAGCCCCGCCCAGACCCGCCCCUCAACCGACCGUCGAGCCGAUCUCCAUUCGAACCGCCGCCCACCUGAGCGAUUUCCGGGUGCGGAAACCGAGGCCACGCCCAUCGAUACCGGCCAUCCGGUUGGUGGGAAAAUUAGGGGGCGGAGGCGAGGACGAUAGCGAGGAUUCGAACGAUUCGAGCGAGGAGGAGGAGGUGCCGCCGGCGCCGAAGCCCGCGCAGCCGCAGUUGUAUUGUUAUUGCCAGUGUCCGUACGAUGAGGUUUCCGAGAUGAUCGGAUGCGAUGCGACCGAUUGCGCCAUUGAAUGGUUUCAUUUUGAGUGCGUGGGCAUCAUGGUUCCGCCCAAAGGGCAGUGGUACUGCCCAGAUUGCAGGAAGAAAAAGGCGAGACGGGAACUCAUGCAAACCAUGAGGAACAACUGAAAACAAAACGGGAAAUUUGUGCUCUUUUGCUCGGCUUUCUGUCAAACUUAACUUUUGCCCAAUGUUGCGUCACUAAUGGAAUAUUCGAUGCAAAUAUCUAUUGGCCCCAUUGUGAGAAAAUUCAUCUUCUCUUUUUGUUCUUCAGGGUUUCAACGUGAAAUAAUUGAAUUCGUUCGUUGGUUACUUCAUACACAAGGAGAUGACUAUUCUAACCUCGAUUCUUAGUCAUUAGUUCCUUUCGAUUUAUUUGGGACACCCUUGAGAUGUACCUGAGAUCGCCUCGUAAUCUGUAUGGUUUUGAUAUUUAAGCUACGUCCACCUCGGAUUGGUUUUAACCAAGGUGGAUAUAAUAUGGUGUAAUCACACAGUGUUUCGUUUCUCCCAGAACGCUUGACCGCAGAUUCCCCAAUAAUGGCUUAUUAGUUCUCAGUUGUCCGCAAGAUGGCAACACUUUUUACAGAUUUCUUUCAUGACAGAAAACGGCGCUUACUCACCACUUGCACCAGAAAUAAUAAUAUCAUAACAUUCAUAACAUAACCUCAAAUCAAAUGAGAUUAAAUUUGAAAGUAUGAAACCGUAAUUUUGGAGAAUUUUAAUCAUCAUCAGUUCUAACAACCCUGAAUUUUGGUUGCGAUUUCGCCAUCUAACGGGUAAAACGCGACCUAUAUUCCGCGAUAUUGAAAAGAAUCCUUCUGUCAAGUAGGCUGUAGGUCAAGAACAUUGACCGAAAAACAGUAGAUGGGUUUUGAUAGAGUUUCUACACCAUCUUCUGUUCAUCCUGGUUUCAACUGAAGAUUUUCACGCUGAGGGUAUUUUUAUGGGCUAUAGGUCGCGUGCACGACCGACUGUUUUCAUUUGUUUACAGAGGAAUCAAAGGAUUGAAAUAGUUUUUCACAAUAUUUUGGCAAAUGAAUCGUGUUUUCUCGCUAUUCAUUAAUUCAAGCAUGUUUUCUUAUUGUGCUGUUGUACAAAAUGCAGCGAGAGACGAAGGAAUAUGAUUUCUCGAGUAAAUAGUACCAUCACAUAGUUCUCAUGAAAUUUCGUCAUUUUUUAUUAAAAUUCCUUCUGCCACUUCUGCAAUAGAAGCUAAUACUGUUAAAAGAUUGAGAACGUCUACAACAUACACGAUCAUAUUUUGUCAGCAAGUCAGACCAGUUCUCCCGUUUGAUUGCAUAGAUCCAAUCUUCUUGCAUUCUUUUAGAAACUUCACGACUAUUCCUAUUAGCUCCUAUCGCAGAAGAAAUUCCGAUGAGAAAUCGGAGAAAUUACGAAAUUUGAAAAUGAAAACUAUGUGAGUGACUAGGAGGUACAUACUUUUAAAUCAUAAUGUACCAACCGGAUUCCUUCGUCUCCCGCUGCAUUUUUAUGCAUUGUACAACAGCACAAUGUGAUGGCAUGCGCGAUUUAUUGAAUAGCGGAAAAACACGAUUCGUAUGCCAAAAUAAUUGUGAAAAACUAUUUCAAUCACUUGUAAACAAAUAAGAAAAGUGAGGUUGUGUUUCAAUGUUUCACCUCCAGGGUCAGUCAUUUGACAGUUCUUGCACGCAACCCAUGGAAGUUGGUGAGAAGGAUAGCACAGUAUAAAAAAGGCUAGAAUAGUCUUCUUCUUAUUUCUUGUGUAACCAACCCGGCAUUUUCAUCAUUUCACGUUGGAACCCUGAAGACAAUGACAGAAGAGGAAGAUUUUUUCUCUCUCAACGCUGGUUGGCCAAAAAUAGAAAGGGGGAGUAGAUGAGCCGCAAGAGAUCUAGCUAAAUGCCCCAACAUUUCCCCAAAUAGAUAUUCAACUUGAAAAUUCUAGGUUUAAGGCAACGAAAACGAUCAUCUUUGAUAGAUCAUGGAACGCAAAGUCAGAGAAGCAUGUCAUGGAACGUCAAAAAUCAGCCUACAACACAUCUAUCGACCAUCACAAAGCAUAUCGAAUUUGACGUAUAAAUACACGAUCUGUGAUACGUCAAUACGUGUGUUGACUGAAUGACAAUUCGUUUUGUGAUGUUUUUCGACUUGGCGUUUUGUCAUCUGUAAAGGGUAAUCACGUGGUCGUGACGUGCUUUAGAUGACCAUGAAAAGCGCCAUUUUUGUUAUUUUAGACCUGCCGUUCUAGAUGCCUUGUCCAUUUGAAAAUUAUAAACAGAUUUUAGUUUCCGUGUACGUGUCUUAAAAAAAUCGUGGCUAGCUGUAACUCCGCCAUUUUUUAUCCUACUUCUUCUUCUUUUAUAGUUCUUGGUUUUCUGACUCCUUGCGGUGGUGUUUAUCAGACUCAAAAGUAAGAAAAAACUAGUUUGAUGGUUUGAAAAACUAUACAAAUUAGUACAAAUAUCAUUUUUAUUUCAACAUCAACUGAAGCACAAACAAUUUUUAUUUUAGAUGGAAUGAUAUAUUUCUUGCCACAUUAAAUUCAGCUUUUUUUUUUCUUGAAAUUCAACUAUGUAUCACAAGUUGAGAAUUGGGUAAAGUUUUUUUUUUCAGAUAUCCUAUACAAGGUGUACUGUAUUUCAGUCACCCAUUUCUAUUUUUGACGACUCAACAUUAAAUCUUGCGAUUAAAUGGGCAUGUAACAGAAGUAACUGAUUUUUUAUAGCCGUAUAAUCGAGCAAAUGGAGAAUCCUGUUUUGUACAGGGUGUGUCAGUAGUUUUUCAGCAGUUUUAAAUAGUGAAUGGCAUUAAACAAGUGUUAUGGACAAUAAGUUUUGUUGUAUGAUUGAAUUUGACAUUAACAAUGCACUCGUGACCAUAAUACUUCGUUAGAAUACAGGGUAGGGUGUAUUUUGAGUGUUAUUUUUUUGUUUUGAAUGAUGAAACUUGUAUGUGUUGAGAAAAAUUCUUUUUUUUUUUGUUUUGUUCUGGAACUGAUGAUUUUCAAUCUACUUAAAGGGGAUCUGAGAAACGAAAAAAAAUUGGCUUAGAACUUAGAUUGAUUAUGAACUAUUUUUAUUAUUGUUUUGUUAGAAUUUUUCGAGAUGAAGAUGCUAACAUCCUGUAUAUUAUCUUAUUUAUAGUCGUUGAUGAAGUGAAUGAAGAUUUCGUUAUUUUUUAUUUAUUCUUCAUAUGUUAUCAAGAAAUAAUCAUUAUUUACCUAUCUCCAGGAAAUAAUUACGAAAAAAACAAUGACUGACAAAAAUGUUUUCAACUGUUCACUUGUCAUUGGUGCUAAUUUUUCGGUCUAGAUUGAUAAUUUAAUAACUAGAAACUUGAUAUGAAUUUCAAUAUAAACUAGAAAAACAAAACAAGUUACAUUUUUGCUAAUUUGAUUGUUCUCGUGAAUUGCUCUCAAUUUUUUUGUUAGGUACAGGGUGAUUCACCAUAAAUGUCCCCCCCUCUAGCUCACUUAUUUUUGAACCGUUUUAAAAAGUUGAAAAAUAAUCUGAAAUGAUUUCUCGGAUUUUUUUUUCCGUUGCAUCAGAAUAUACAGGGUGCAACGGAAAAAAACUUUAUCGGAAAAUCAUUCAAGAUGAUAUUCCAAAUUUUGAAAUCGGUUCAAAAAUAACUGAGCUAGAGGGGGGGACAUUUAUGAUGAAUCACCCUGUACAUCAUAUCGAAUUUUUUGAGAAUCGGUUGCUUCGAAAGUUUCUAGAUAUUUCUAGUCUCGAUUUCAAUCUAGUAUAAAAAUUAGUGAGUAUCAAAAUAUUUGACCAAUUUCGAGAAUAAAGUGAAACUUACGAAAAUUUCCUAGAUGUACUUUCCACAAAGCCCCUGUAUAAACUUUUCCAAAUGUUUAUUCUGAAAGAAUUGAACACAUCUCAGCAUAAUUUUUUUUCACUGGUUUAUUUUGGAGCUACAGCUGAAGGAUAUCAAUUUUUCAGAAAAUCAAUGAACAAUUGUAAUUGAUUGUAAAUAAAAUAUUAAUUAAGGAACCUGUACCUGUAAAUAAUCUUAACUUACCUUAUGUGAUUUUACUGGAAAUAAUUAAUUAAUAAUGAUGAUGACUUUAGGUUAAGGAAUUUUUCGAAUAAGCUCCCAUUGAAUUAUGUAAAAUAAUUGAUACUGAAGACACAAUUGUUUUAGGAUAGUUGCCAAAUUAUUAUCUGUAUAUCGUUCUGUAUAUAGGUACCAGUUAUUUUAUUUUGAGAUGUUAGUGCUCUCUCUGGAGGAGAGAGGUUAUUUCCAUUUGUUUUUGUUAGUAGUGUAGAGUUGGACCUGGAAUAUUGGCAUAUUUAAGUUUUCUCCUGUAUAUUUCCAAUGUCAAUAAAUCAUCCAAAGAUGAA